ACAAACGAUUCCGUUUCUAGUAAUCUCGCUCUCUGAUUGCACUUUCUGUUUUCAUUUCUAGUUAAGUCCCAUUCGGGAAUACAUUAUCAGAAUCACUAUGUCGGUGAAUCUCACGACGAACGCUAUACCGGCGAUAAUCAACGGCGACGUUGACGCAAAACCGUUAGUUCAGGUUCUCGACAUUACAUUAGUCACAAGUAACAAAAACGCUCAGCAGCAGAGAUACCGUCUUCUUCUUUCCGACGCCGUUUCGUCUCACCACGCUAUGCUCGCCACUCAACACAACGACGGUGUUAAAACCGGACGAGUUAAGAAAGGUUCCAUCGUUCAGCUUCUCGAUUACAUAUGCACUCCUCUCCAGAAUCGCAAGAUUAUUAUGGUGCUCAACAUGGAAACCAUAAUACCUGAUUGUGAGAUCAUUGGGAAUCCAAAGUCAUUUGUGGACUCAGAAUUACCUAUUCAGAAAGCAUUGCAUGGGAAUACUGUGGAGAGUUCGUCCAGAAGUAGUAAUAGUAAUUUGGCUGCUCAAAAUGCAGGUAGUAAUGUGCAAAGUUUCAGGCCAACAAUUCAACCUGCAUACCAACCUCCUCCGAUGUACAAAGGUCGUGGUGCAGUUGUGAAAAAUGAGGCACCGGCACGUGUAAUACCUAUAGCUGCUUUAAAUCCUUAUCAAGGUAGGUGGGCCAUCAAGGCAAGGGUGACUGCGAAAGGUGAUUUGCGCCGCUAUAACAAUGCUCGUGGAGAUGGGAAAGUCUUCUCGUUUGAUCUCCUAGAUUCAGAUGGAGGUGAAAUACGAGUAACUUGUUUUAAUGCUGUUGUUGACCGCUUCUAUGAAUGCAUUGAGGUUGGUAAAGUUUACUUGAUAUCCAAAGGUAGCUUAAAACCUGCACAGAAGAAUUUCAACCAUUUGAAGAAUGAAUGGGAAAUUAUGUUAGAUUUAAAUUCAACGGUUGAGCUUUGCCCAGAUGAGGAUGGUUCUAUACCUAAGCAACAGUUCUCCUUCAGGCCUAUCAGUGACAUAGAGAAUGUUGAGAGUAACACUAUCCUUGAUGUUAUUGGGGUCGUGACAUCUGUGAAUCCUUCAGUUCCCAUCUUAAGGAAGAAUGGAAUGGAAACACUAAGAAGGAUUUUGAAUCUAAAAGAUAGUUCUGGCAGGAGUAUUGAGCUAACACUUUGGGGUGAAUUCUGCAACAGGGAAGGACAAAAGCUGCAAGAUAUGGUGGAUGCUGGGGUUUUCCCCAUUUUGGCAGUAAAGGCUGGGAAGGUUAAUGAGUUCAGUGGAAAGUCUAUAGGCUCUAUUUCUACUACACAACUUUUCAUUAAUCCAGAUUUUCCUGAGGCUCAGAGCUUAAGAGUCUGGUUUGAUCAAGUGGGAAAAAAUUCUGCUUCUCUAUCCAUUUCUAAGGACAUUGUUGCUGGAGGACCCAAGAAUGAGAUACGCAAAACUCUGUCUCAAAUCAAAGGUGAAGGUCUGGGGCGGUCAGACAAGCCAGACUGGAUAACAGUGAAGGCAACCAUAUCAUUCAUGAAGACCGAUACAUUUUGUUACACAGCUUGCCCUCUGAUGAUCGGAGAUAGACAGUGCAAUAAGAAAGUGACAAGGUCAGGGGACACGAAAUGGCAGUGUGAUAGAUGCAACCAGGAGUUUGAGGAAUGCGAUUAUCGAUACCUUCUCCAAGCUCAAAUCCUAGACCACACAGGAUUAACUUGGGUAACUGCUUUCCAAGAAGCAGGGGAAGAGAUUAUGGGGUGCUCAGCAAAAGAGCUGUAUCUGUUGAAGUAUGAACAGGAUGAUGAUGAAAGAUUUGGAGAUAUAAUCAAGAGUAGACUCUUCAACCAGUUUGUAUUUAGGCUGAAAAUCAAAGAGGAGUUAUAUGGCGAUGAACAGAAGGUGAAGAUUACAGUAGUUAAGGCAGAUAAGGUGAAUUAUUCGUCCGAGAGUAGAUACAUGCUUGAUUUGAUUUCCAAGUUCUGUAGGCAGUAAUUGUAACAUGGUUUCAGAAAAUUUUCAUGUGAUUAGUCAUACUUAUUGGCAUUAGUGUACAAGCUUUACAUAGAGUUGACUAUUAGUGAUUAUCGAUUAUUGCGUCAUCUGUGUAAUCACAUUACGUUUAUCAUCUAUUAUUCCACUUAUUGUCUGAUCCUUUUUUCAUUUUUUG